AUGCUUUUGGUUGAUUUUAUCAUCAUAGCUGGUAAUAUUGUUGUUUUAUACAUCCUUAUUAGUCAAAAAUCCCUUCAUACACCAACAAAUUCUCUUAUUCUUUCCUUAACUGUAAGUGAUUUGCUUCUUGGAAUACUUAUCAUUCCUUUCGCAAUCGUCCAGGAAGACCGCCAUGAAUGGCUGUUUGGUGAAUUAGGCUGUCGAUUUUGGUUAUCGUUAGAUGUGUGGUUAUCUACUUCUUCUAUAUACAACCUACUUGCCAUUAGUUUUGACAGAUAUAUGGCUGUAAAGCAACCUAUAAGAUAUCCAAGCAUAUCAUCAACGAGAGUUAUUCGAACCCUGAUAUUCCUAGCAUGGUCAAUACCAUUGCUAUUAGCUUCUGUACUUUUCAUACUGGAAACAUUGGCGGAUUUACCCAAAACUGAGUGCUCCCCUGUAGAACUUCCCUCUAUUUACAUUCUGUUCUCUGCUUCGGUUUCUUUCAUAAUUCCAGCGGUUAUAAUGAUUAUCCUUAAUGUCUCAAUUUUCAACCAAGUCUCUCUUAGUAACAGUUCAAAAAAAGUGAAUUACACUGAUGGAAUCGCUCUACGAGUCCACAGAGGUCGGCGAAAAUCUCAUGCUGCGGCAAUCGAGAGUCAAAAAGUGAAGCAGUUGAGUGCUAGUCCGAAUUUUUCAAGCGAUCGGAUGUCAGAUGAUAAAGAAAAUAUCGAUACUAUAGUGAAACCAACGAAGGAAUCCCAUGUGGAAAUUCGAUCACUAUUUUCGGCCACUCUUUUCCUACCUCUUAUUGGUGGUGCGGUGAGGAAAACUGAGAGAAGCGGACCAGCAACUAUAAAACUCCCAAUGCGAACAUAUUCACGUUUGUCCCGUAUAUCGCUGCGAACAGCAGAAAUGCGAGUGGCAAGAACAACGUCUAUUGUGGUUGGGGCUUUCAUCAUCUCUUGGUUUCCGUUUUUCUCUAUUUAUGUUAUGCAGAUAAAUGGCUUUUGUAAAGUUCCCGAUUGCGUAUCACACUUACUCUUCACGGUUGCCUUUUGGCUAGGCUAUUCGAACUCUGCAAUAAAUCCACUUCUAUAUGCCUUAUUUUCUCGAGAUUUCAGGAACACUUUCCGGAAAGUUAUCACGAAACUAUGUCAAAAAUAA